GGCUUAUGUUUUGCUCAUCAAGGUUCAGAGCAGCUGUCUCUGUGCUUUGCCAACCGCUCUGCUGCGCUCUACCAUCUGCAGCGCUACCAGGAGUCCCUUGAUGACAUUGACAAAGCUAUAAAGAAUAGCUACCCCUCUCGUCUUUUACACAAACUAGAGGACCGUCGCACACAAUGCCUCAAGCACCUCUCUGUAGGUCAAAAGGCAAAAGAGGAUCAUCACAAUCCUGCCUCAGAGAAUCACAAAACUCCAGACAGAGUAAAAGGGGCAUCUGUUGGACUUCUCACAUUUGGGAUUUGUCCUCAAGCUGCUGUUGGCUUCAGCUCGGAGAAAGGUCGACACCUUGUGGCUGCAGAGAGAAUAGCAGCUGGGGAGGUGAUCCUUCAUGACAGGCCGUACAGCUGCGUCCUCAUACCAGGGAUGGAGGAAGUGAAAGGGAAGGGAGGAAGACAGCACGCAGACAGAGGAGUGUUGUUUGGAGUGGAGCACAGGCGCUGUCACAGGUGUUUGACGGAAACACCGUGUCCCGUGCCCUGUGAGGGGUGUAGCUACAGCCGGUACUGUUCAACUUCCUGUCAGCGAGACGCCUGGGAGGAACACCACCGCUGGGAGUGUCCGCUGGGAGCAGAUCUGAAGACGAUGGGUGUGAUGUCACAGCUCGCUCUGAGGGUAACUCUAAAGGCGGGGUUAAAAAACAUCCAAAUGGCCAGGGAUCCAAUCAGAGACGAGCACACAGAGUCCAGUGAUCCGUGUACUUCAUACUACGGGGACUCGUACCCGAGCGUGUUUCACCUGCAGCACCACCUGAAUCGUCAUAGCCCUGAAGUGCGUUUCCUGUGUGCGAUUACUGUAGCGACACUCUUCCUAAAGCUAAGCAAAGCAGGACCCCCGCCUGCCUCUUGGGACCUUAGUGGACCCUCAGGGGCAGACAGACAAUCACCAGACAAGGAGGGAGGUAUCGCAGAUUGGAGCUCGAACCUGUGGCCGCUGGGCAGUGCAGUUCUGAGGCACAUCCUGCAGCUGAGGUGUAACGCCCAGGCAAUCCUCAUGCAGCAAGAUACAGGAGCAGCAAACUCACCAGUGCAGUCCAGCAGGGAAAUCCGCAUUGCCACAGCCAUAUUCCCAACUCUCAGUCUUCUGAAUCACUCCUGCUGUCCCAACACCAGUCUGUUGUUCAGCACUGGAACCGGUCUGUCUGCAGACUUCAGUGAGAGUGUGACUGAGUACAGAAGCACAGCCCGCGGAGUCACUGUGACUGUCAGAGCAUCCAAAGCUAUCGCUCCUGGACAAGAGAUCCUGCACUGCUAUGGUCCACACAGCAGUCGGAUGGCAACCCGAGAACGGCAGCGUCACCUGCAGGAACAGUACUAUUUCCUGUGUCGGUGUGAGGCCUGCACUCGGCAGCAGCAGGAGGAGGAGGAGGAGGGUCCAGAGGGCAGACAGCAGGGGUCGGGUGUUGGAGGCAGUCUUCAGCCUGGACUCCUGUGUGGCAAGUGCAAAGGAUCUCUCAAAAAGAGCAGCGAGCACGGAGGAAAAGGAUUUAUAUGUUCGCAGUCAUCCUGUGCUCAUCGCGUGUCUUUAUCUGAAGUGAGCCGCAGGCUGCAGGAGAUCAAGGUCGACCUGGAGAAGGCUGUGGACCUCAUGGAAAGAGAGAAGCCAGAUGAGGCUCUGAGACUGUUAAGAAGGACCCAGAGUCAGCCUGGACUGACCCUUGCAGAGACGCACCCAGUACAGGGGGAGCUGGAAGAUGCAACAGCCAGAGCAUAUGCUACAAUGGGUGACUGGAAUAAUGCAGCCUCCCAUCUGGAGAGAAGUGCUGUAGCUAUUGGCUCCCAGUACGGAGAAGACAGUAUUGAAUUGGGUCGACAACUCUUCAAAUUAGCUCAGCUACACUUCAAUGGUGGUGCCAGAGGCCCGGCCCUCUCCGUCAUCCCCAAGGUCAGACAACUCCUCUGCCUUCACGGUGGCCCCCUCUGUCACGAAAUACAAGAGCUGCAAGCUAUGGAGGACUGUCUACAGGGGUAGUCCUACAUAUGCACAAGAUCGAAAAAUCUUCACAAUAUAAUUCGUUUUUUAACUCUGAGUGAUACAAAUAUGCAAACGUGUGUGUGUGUGUGUGUAUGUGUGUGUGUGUGUGUGUGUGUGUGUGUGUGUGUGUGUGUGU